CGGGAGGAGGGAUUCUUCCCGCCUCUGGCCGGCUCUGCCCUCUCCGGGGCGCACGGAGACAGGAGGCGAUGAUGCCGCGGUGCCAUUCCCACAGGCUGAGCUUCGCGACGUCGUGAGGGGCGAGACUGUCUCUGCAAGUAUAGAACUCACUUUUCUGAACAUGGAAAACACAUAUUCUCCAACAUUUUUAUCUGUACCAUCAGAUGGCCAUGAAUACUGCCUUUAUCCAAAGCGUGUUAAAAUAGAAAGUAAUCAGAAAAGCAUAGAGAAAGAGGAGCAGCAAAAGUUGGAACAAAGUAUGCAUUGUGGGAACAGUUAUCAAACACCACCAAAUGGACCUAUAUAUUUAUCAGAAAUACAAAGCAGCUGGGUACUAGAAAAGGAAAGAUGUGAUAGAGCCAGAAAACCUUGCAUAAGACAAUUUUUCCAUUCUCAAACUUCUAAUAGUGAAAGAUUACCAUGUAGAGUACCAGAAAAUAAACUGCCCACCAAAAAAUGGAGUCCUGAAAAUGAAAAUCAAAACACUGUAGAUGACAUUUCAUUAAAUAUAUAUAGACAGGAUGGUGAAACAGGAUUAUGCAAUCUGUGGAGUUCUACUAGCACAGACAAAAACCUACAUGCACUAAAUCCCUUCCAACUGCAUCAGAAAAAUAUAGAACAGAAUAAAAUAGAAGUUGACAAUGAACUUAAACAAAAGUCUUCAGAUACACCUUUAAAAAGGAACUUGUUUCAGAGGUGGAGACAAUAUCAGCUUUCACAAGUUCCAUUUUCAUGUGGUACUUGUUCUAUGCUUUCUUAUGUAGAAAAUGAGAAAAAUGUUUUUCUGGAAAAAGCAUGCAGUACAGAAAGAAAAGAUUAUUACUGUAAUGAUCAUGAAACUACUACAAAAAGAGAUAAUAAAGAAAAAAAUAGUUCAUCAUCUAUAGCUCCAACACCAAAACCUUUUAAAAGUAUACAACCAUUGGAAAUUCCUAAGUUUUUGAUGAAAGAGAACACAUUUCAAUUUCCUAGUAUCACAAAUAGAAUAAAUAGUGAAAUGCCAUCAACUAACUUGAAGGAGAUGGUUGGGAAGACUCUAAAAGGCCAACCAACUUUGAUGCAAUCUAAACAGAUACAUGGUGUGCAAAAAAUGUCCGAAGUUGGGAACCAAAAAUUGCAGAAUUAUAAAGACAUUCUGAAAGCUUCAUCUGUUGGUUCUGAAUUUGAAGAAAAGAAUUAUCAGUCAACUAGCAAACAAAAGCUCUGCACUGUGGCAGGAGGAAAACUGCCUGUAACUUACUUCAGGGACAGCAGCACUGAUCCAGAAUGUAAUCAAAUAUUUGCUGAAAGUGAUUUUAAAGUGCUGGAGAAUUCAGAGGAUGAUGAUGACCAGAAGUCAAGGAUUCACACUUACAUUAGUGCUAAAAAAGUUCAGAACAAGAAAUUUAUCAGCAUUAUGGAUAUUUUGAGGAGAAUGGAGAGGAAGAGCAGUCAUGAGAAAAUGACAACAUUUCAUAUACACACAAGCAUUCUCGUGAUAACAGAAGCAUUAGAGAAUAAUAAGUUAGACCUACACUAUGGUCUGCACGAUUCCAACAAUGAUAUUAGUUUGCAAGAAGCAGAGUCAAAACUAUUUACAAAUGAAAAACUUGAUAUCAAAAGAUAUUCAGUUGAAAACAUUGUAUUUGAAAGUAGUUGUACUCCCAUUGUUGUGCACAAGUUUCCAGAUAUAAAAGUGAGUUUGAGUGUAACGAGGGAAAAGAAAACAUUCAAAAUAAAGUUUUCAUUUCAAAACAUUUUAUUUGGAGUACUCGGGUCAUGGACCAAAUUGUUAGCUAAAGUUAUGCUUAUGCGUCAGGCUGACAAUAUUAUACAUUGGUUUGAUAUUUGUGAAGCAUUAAGUGAGCAGUGUGAUACUCGAGAGUUAGAAAAGAGCAGUAUCAGUGCAAGCCACAAGAAUAAAACAUGCAUUUGUUUGCUGGCUAUUAUUUCAAAGCAUCUGAAGGUGAAACUACCAAAGAAAAUUCUUGCUUCCAUUUUCAAUGAGAAGAAUGCAUUAUUACCAACUGAAGGGAAAUUUGUGAGAGUGGAGAAACAUGCUUCGUAUGGCAGAAAGCAAAUACAGUUAAAUUCAUACACAGAGAGUAAUCUGAGGCAAAACAGAGAUUUUUAUAAAAAAUAUGAAACUUAUCCAGGCACCGUAAGUUCUAAAUUUGUGGAUAGCAUUACUUUAGAAUUACAUAAUGAACUCCAAAAAAGAUAUUUUUCUAGAUCUUUAGGUAAUGAAAACACCACUUUGCUAACCAGAAGGAUCUUCUUCCAUAACCGAAGAGGUGGAUUAUCUAAGGGAAGAUUUGUCAGAAAGCACCACCUCUUGUCCAGAAGGAGUGAAAUAUUCCACAGCACGUACUUGGAGUCUGUCAGUCAUAGAAAGGAUAUGAAAAAGCAGAUGUUGGAUGCUAAAUGCCUGAUUUUGUUGAAGGACAAUUGUGAUCGUUCUUUGCUAGAGAAGAUGCAGUACUACAAUAUAAAAAAAAUACAGUACUUGAUAAGAAUAAAUCUUCGAUUUUUGAAUUACCUUCCUCCCUGUUCACAACUGAGGUUUGAAAAGGUAAAUAAUAAAUGUUCAAAUCAGCAAAUAUUUAUAACUACCAUGAAACGUGCAAAGAAAAAACCAAGGAAAAUGUUCAACAGUUAUUUUCAUGGAGAAAGGCUUACAGCUUUAUCUCUUGAUUUAAGAGACAAUAAAGAACAGAAAACAAGAAAAUGUAGAAAUUGUGUAAAGACUACAAAGGCAAUUAUAUAUAAGAUGAAAAAAUUCUUAGGUACUUUUAAUGGCAUAAAGGCUGAUAGGAAGGAGAAUUUCAAGUCCAAAGAGCUGCAAAUAAAUUCUCAUAAUUUUCUUUCUAAAAAAUCUCUUCCUCUUUUUGACAGAUAUACAAAAAUUCCCCUUACUAGUGAUUCUGAAGACUUUGUCCAUAUCUCAUUUGUAAGUCAAGAUAAUUCUCUCAAAAAACUGUCAACUGUACAAAACACAGUCAUUAGUUUAGAAAACAUUCAUAAUUUGCCUGCUAAAAGUAAAGAUGUUUUAAUGUUACCUGAGCAGUCAAAAACAAUGGAAAAAUGCAGUUCUCUCUUGUUACAAGAUAGCCAAACAAGCAAACCUGAAUAUUGCAAAGAAAUAGAAGCAUAUACCCUAAAUUUAUUCAAUGAAAAGGAAUUUGUAGAAUUUCCAAAUACUCAUUUAAACUCUGGAAAUGCAUUUCCUAGUUCCUUAAGCUGUUUUCUGUACAUCACUUCACUACUACCUAGCAAGUCUUUUGUCACUAAAGAUGGAGCUGUAGGUGAAGACAGACAUAGUAGGAUUUCCUUAGGUGCAGACAAACAAAAACGAUUUGAAAAAAAUCAUGCCUCUAUGCCUUACCUAUCCGCAAGAAGUCCUACUGUAACAUGUACAUACUUGCAAUUGCAGGCUAAUGAAACAGUGUAUUUUUCUUUACAAGGACACACUGAGACAAAUAAGGCUGUCAGCUUCGAGCCAGCAACUUUGAAACAACAUCUUGAACAUGUAAAAGAACAGGAAGAGAUAAGUGAUGAACAAAUGCAUGCAACUAAUGAAAGUCAAUGUGAGACUGUAAUGAAUGACUUGAUUAUGUCAUAUUCAGAAGAUGAAGCUAAAACAUUCAUUGCUGCAAAAGAGAAAUUAAAAAUGCAUUUAUCUUUAAUGAACAAUGGAUGUCUUGGAGAAGUAAAAGAUGAAUGUUUACCUUCAGAAAUUAAAAUCACAUAUGAAUUUGAACUGAAAAGAAAAUUUGAUUUAGUGCUAGAAGAGCUACAUAUGUUUCAUGAAAUUAGCAAGGAAGAUGAAAACAAUUUAUCUAGUAUGGAAACAAACUCUCACAAUGAUUAUUGUGAAUUAAUUAGUUCUGAGGGUAUAGAAGAAAAUAAAGAAAGUGUUUCUGAAAAGGAACCAUAUCUUUCCUCCCCAGUCUGUGGUACUAUAAAAGAAGAAAACAUAACUGACAGUAAUGAAAGUUUAUUUAAUGAAAGAAUAUCACUUGACAAUGAAAAUAUGGAAGUUUCUAAGGAGUACUGCAUUUCAAGACUGACAAGUGAAGAGUUGCUACAUUCACCUAUUGCAGAAGGCUACUUUUAUUCAGUUUACAAAAAGCCAUACACAUGGGACCCUGCUUUUUUAUCCCGCACACUUCUAAAGGAAGAAAAUUAUAAUUUACCGAAAGAAGGAGGAUGCUUAGGAUAUUUUCUGUCACAGGAAGUUACAAGAGUACAGCCUCUCAAAACAUGCAAGAGACCCAUCAGAAUUGGUCUGUCAAAAAAAGCUAGGCCCCGAAAACUUCAUCCUUAUUUGAAAUGACUUGCUGGAAUCUCUUACCAGUCUUCAAAUGGAAACAGUCUGCCUAAAAAUUGUUGAAAUGUUUUUAUGCUAAGUUUGUAUGUGGUUAGUUUGAUCUUUGUGGUUUAAUUUUUUUGAGGUAUUAAUAUUGCAUUACUUGCUAGUAAUUUAUUUAUUUAGGAAUACUCUUGUGAAUAUUUGAUAGCAAAUAAAUUUAUGGUGAAUGUUUGCUAGUAGAAAUGUUAAUGGAAAGAUGAGACCCUUUUAAAGUUCAUGCAAUAUUAAUAAAAUUUGACAUGUAUUUCUCAUUUAUUAGAAUAUACUGUUGAAAUGUUCUGUCUUACU